AUGGUUUUCCGCUUCGCCAAAACCCUCGACCCGAUAACCCUCUUCCACACGCCCAGCAACCCGGCGAGCAAGAACGCGUACAAGAUCCUGCAGCGGGCGUCGACGCAGGCGCAAUCGCCCGACGCGCCGGCGGGCGGGCGCGGCGAGUUCCAGCUGGAGGUGACGACGGCGCCGCCGACGACGGACCAGCUGCGCAACAUCCUGGACUAUGUCACCGGGAACCCCGCGGGGGCGGGGGCGCCGGACAAGGGGUCGCGGUGUGCCGUCGGGGAGGUGGUGCGCGGGGCCAAGGAUGCGGAGGAGGCGAUUCGGCGGUUCAAGGGGGAUCCCGAGGGGACGUUUGUGAGGCCGAUUACAGUCGAUUGGACGAAUGGGCAGGCGGUUGUUGGGGAUAAUGAGUCGGAGAUUUUGAAGAUGGUGCAGCAAAUCAACGAGAAUUGAUGCUUGAAGAAAGGAGGACGGUAUUACUUACAACGACCACCACCACCACUCCCAAAUGCUUGCAGACCGUUAGGCAUGUAUUUCUACGAUACGCUGUAUCAUACACUUCUCUCCUCCUAUUCUCUGGCAAAUACCCGUGCUGCCAUUUCCAUGCCAUCCCCAUGCCAUAGCCAUUAAAAUAUCAUGUCAUACUCGCUCAAUUGAACUCCGACCCGAGACCCAGCUCGUGCUAGAAUGGACCCAUGCAAAAGAAAACUA